GAAACACCCCUUGUUUCUCACAUGAAGUACUCUUGAGCAUUUCUGAACUUCCCUUGUGCACUUCAGCUAAAAUCUUUUGGUUUGCUUCAUAUGAUCUUAACACUUGGCUGUCAGUUUCCAAAUCCAUCAAUUACCUUUUUUGUGUGUGCGCGCGCGCAAAUCCUCUGGUCUUUAUGAAUGUUUCUUUGUAUGUCAACAUUCAGAUGCUAUAGGCCAUCAAGAAUGAGUUAACUGUUCACCCGCAAAGAAAAAAGUUAACUGUUAAGGUAGCUGCGUUUAUUUGAAUUCCAAGCUGAAUCGUUGAGAUUUGUCUCUCUAAGCUGUAUUUUGCCGUUAGCACAACAACCUAGUUAAGAGGACUUAUUUGUCGAUCCAAGCAAUACUACCACUACCCUUUCAGUGUGGGUGCGCAAUGAAUGCAUGCGAGUGAUGAUCUUCUUUCUUUCUUUCUUGCUCUUGUUCUGGGGUUUGACGGGACGACAGCUCCCCUCUGCCUACUCAUUUUAGAAUUAUCUUUCUUAUUCAGAACCUCUUUUGCUAUGCAGGUUUAAGGAUGUGGCUGUAUAACCAGUUCCAUGCUAAACGACAUUUGAGAUACCCAGGGGUGUAGUAUACCUAAAGAGCACUUUGAUUCUUUCUUUUAUAUACUACUGAAAACAUUUUGUUUCUUUUGACCGACCCCUUCUGAUCUUCAAUACCCACUCUGCGUAUCGCAUUGUUAAUCUUCACGCUGCAUGGUUCCAACGAGUGAGUUCUCUGCCGUGUAUGAUUGUACAAUUACAAGAUUCUAAUGGGAAUAUAAAGAACCGUAUAUGAUCUAUGGACGGCUCUUUACUACAUAUUGUGCUGUUGAACUGUCACCGUUAUAUUUCACCUUCCAUUUUGACCAUUUUACUCUUCACUGAAAAAAAAACUGUGACUAUUUUACCGGCCUUGCUUGCUCUUAGGCACCUCUGGAUUGGAGAGCACUGCAAGCAACCUCUCUGCCAUGGUGGCUUGUUUGUUUCUACAUAUAUAUAGCUGACAAAUGGUGAAAAGUGCAGAAGGAAUCCAAUACGAAGUGGAAAGUGGGGCCACCUGCAGAGAACUGGAGAUCCCACCAGCAAACUGUCAUUAUAUCCGACUCAUCCAAUGGGACUGAUUAUCUUUGCAAAUGAUUUGCCAUCAGACAAGUAGUAGAAUACCAUCCGAUGGUGUCACUUUUGUGAUUGCUGGUGGUCACCUUCCAUUCUCCGCCUAAUUUUAUCCAGGACCGACUAGUAUAAAAGAGGAGGGUGCUUUUCUACUCUCCUUCAGACGACAAGGCAUAGCUACGAGAAAGAAAGUCUCGUUGAAGAGAGGCAGAGGAAGCUCCCACCCACCCAGAGGGGGCUAAGAGGCAGCAUGGAGUGUGCAGGGGAAGAUGAUGGCACAGGGAGUGGAAGCAGGAGGAGGAGCAGGAGCAUGAGCAUGGGCGGAUCAGAUGCAACGUCGACCAUGAGCGACGGCGGCACGACGGCGGUCAAGCAGCACCAGGCUCUGAGGCUCGUGGAGGACCUCUCCCUCCCUUCGGUGCAGGUGGUGGUGAUGAGCGCCAACAUGGGCUGCUCCCACUGCCGACAGCGGGUCACCAAGGUCGUCACCAAGAUGAACGCAGGGCUGCUGGAUUACAUGGUGGAUUUCGGGAAGAAGGAGGUGACGGUGAGGGGCACGGUAAUUCACACCAAGAAGAAGAAGAAGAGGAAGAAGCAGCAGCAGUACAUGAUCGCUGGGCUGGAGAAGGUGCCGCCUGCUGCUAACGUGGGCGCCAGGACGCUCUCCUGGUUUUUGGGAUGCUACGGUUCAUAGCUAGUAGUACGUACAAAGCAUAGUAGUAUACUGUUAUGUACUAGUUACUCUUUCUUCUUUAUAAUUUUCCCAUGGAAAUAAUGUUUGCUGGUAGAGUGGUAGUGGUAACUAUUGUGUAUAUCAUGUCCUAUAAUCUCAUAUUUGCAAACUGCAAGGUGCUAGAGCACACAUUGCAGGCUUCCAGUACAAUUUUUGUAUGUGGGCCUUCUCUGCAAGUAUGAAAUGGAACAAUGAGGAUUAAGUUA